AUGUUUUUUCAAAUUCAAUUCCUGGUCCUUUUGUUUUGGACAGUAAUCGCUGCAUCAGAUCUAACUGUGUUAGAUGGAACUGCAUCAGAUUUAACUGCAUCCAAUGAAUUGGUAGCUGUAGUCCAGAUAUUUAGACAUGGGCACAGGACACCUACAAUAUUUUACAAAAACGACCAGUAUAGAGAUUUAUCAAAAUAUUGGAAUGGCCUUGACUUAGGACAGCUAACAAAUGAAGGAAAAAGGCAACACUAUGAUCUAGCGAAAUUUACAAGGCUAAGAUAUGGCAAAUGGCUGCCCCAAAAUUAUAACAAAAGUGACUUCUACGCCCAAACGACAGAUUACGAUCGAACACAUAUGUCAGGACAAGUAAACAUAUACGGACUGUAUCCACCCAGCUUGGGUGAAAGAUGGAGACUGUUGACUGAUUGGCAACCUAUUCCACUUCAUCCAGCUGAUUCUAAUAUUUGGGAAACAGUACCUAACUGUGCUGCUUUUACACGAGAAUAUGCACAAGUUUUGGCAUCUGAUUUGUAUGCUGCUAUUGAUAAACAGUAUGCAGCUGUAUAUGCAUAUUUAUCAAAAUAUUCAGGUCAAAAUAUUACCACUCUCUCACAGGUCUAUCCAGUCUUUGAUAGUUUUAAAAGUGAAUCUACUGUUGGCCUUCGUCUUCCAGUAUGGGCUUCAAAGGUAUAUCCGAAACCAUUAACAGAACUAGUUGGACAUUUCUUCAACGCUUGGGUUUAUACCACUAAGCAACAACGAUACUAUGCAGGAGCAUUGCUAGAUUCCAUCCUUAAGUACUUUGACAACAAAAUAAAUGGUUCAGUAUCCCAACAAUUCAAAAUGUACAGCGGACAUGACCUCAAUGUAGCUUCUGUAUUAAGCGCAUUUGGCGCAUUUAAUCCACCCUAUCCUCCAGAUUUUGCGAGCAGUAUAUAUUUGGAAUUAAGAAAUAAUUCAGGCAAUUAUUUUGUAAACGCAUGGAGCAAAGACGGAUCUAACUUCAAAAAGGUUUCAAUAAGAGGCUGUUCUUUGGAUUGUCCUUUGGCUGAAGUUAGACAAAGAUUGAAUGAGAUAUUAAUUGAUGUUGAUACCAAAAUCAAAGAGUGCAAUGCUAAAUUGGAAUUCGAAAAUAUUGAUGUAGAAAAUAUGUACGAAAAGCUUAUCGAAACUGGUGAAAUUGAACGACUUAAAAAUUUAUUUUAA